CCUUGCUCUGACUUUCUCACCUCUGGGAAACGCAAGGAGCUGGAGGAGCUCACCAGCACCAGCGUGGAGCACCUCAUCAUCAACCCCAACGCCGCCUUCGAGAAGUUCAAGGACAAGCGCCUGGGCACCGAGGGAGUGGAUUUCUCUGACCGCAUCAGCAAGAUGAGGACGACAGGCUACGAGGCUGGGGAGUACGAAAUGCUCGGUGAGGGCGUUGGUGCCAAAGAGACCCCUCAGCAGCGGUACCAGCGGCUGCAGCACGAGGUGCAGGAGCUGGUCCGGGAGGUGGAGCAGAUCCAGAGCGCGGUGAAGGAGUCGGCGGCCGAGGAGGAGCUGACGCCCAUGGCCUUGGCCAGGCAGGUGGAGGGCCUGAAGCAGCAGCUGGUCUCCAGCCACCUGGAGAAGCUGCUGGGCCCUGCCGCAGCCAUCGACUUCGCAGACCCCGAAGGCGCCCUGGCCAAGCGCCUGUUGCAGCAGCUGGAGGUGGCAAAGUGCAAGAAGGCAGCGGCAGGGAAGGGCCCCGCCAAGGCGCCAGCCCCCGCCGGGGACACGCUCACCUUUGAGCUGUACUGGAGGCCGGAGCAGGACCAGUUCUCCCAGGCUGCCAAGAUUGCGGAGCUGGAGAAGCGGCUGGCACAGCUGGAGGCGAUGGUGCGGUAUGAGCCUGACAGCCAGAACCCGCUGUUGGUCGGGCUGAAGGGGACCAGCCUUGUGGAGACCGUGCAGAUCCUCCAGGCCAAAGUGAACAUCCUGGACGUGGCUGUGCUGGACCAAGUGGAGGCCCGGCUGCAGAGCGUCCUGGCCAAGGUGAACGAAAUCGCCAAGCACAAGGCCGUUGUGCAAGAUGCUGACACCCAGAGCAAGAUCCACCAGGUCUAUGAGAUGAUGCAGCGCUGGGACCCCGUGGCCAGCAGCCUGCCCGAUGUAGUGCAGCGACUGCUGACCCUCAGGGACCUGCACGAGCAAGCCACACAGUUUGGGCAGGUCCUUGUGCACCUGGACACCACGCAGCAGGAGAUAGCUGGUGCUCUGAAGGACAACACCGUGCUGCUAGCAGAGGUGAGCC